UCUUCCUUCCUUUCUUCCUUCCUUAGUUAUCGAACUGACCCCAUGAAAAUGCCCACCACACGUCACGUCUUUAUGCUUCUUUCGGUGGUGGAUCCAAUUUUUUUUUUUAUUAAAAACCAUUCCUUUCUUUAAAAUCUUUUAGUUCUUUCCCUUCUUUCUUCAACCAACUCUGUUUUUUUUGGUGCUUUCAUUGCGUUUGGUGUUUAAUCUUCAUCUGGGUAGAUAGUUUGAGGUUAUUAACAUGGAAGGAAUCAUUGUGAGAAGAGUUAUUCCAUCUGACAACAGUUGUCUCUUCAACGCAAUUGGCUAUGUCAUGGACAAGGACCAAAAAAAAGCUCCUGAGCUGAGACAGGUGAUAGCAACCGCAGUUGCAAGCAACAAGGAGAAAUAUAACGAAGCAUUUCUAGGGAAGCAAAACGAAGAAUAUUGUGCUUGGAUUCUCAAUCCGGAGAAGUGGGGAGGUGCGAUUGAGCUUUCUAUAUUAGCAGAUUAUUAUGGUAGAGAAAUUGCAGCUUACGAUAUUCAAACUAGUCGGUGUGACUUGUAUGGACAGACGAGAAACUACAAUGAAAGAGUUAUGCUGAUCUACGAUGGUCUUCACUAUGAUGCUCUCGCUUUGUCUCCAUUUGAAGGAGCUGAGGAAGAUUUCGAUAUGACUAUAUUUCCAGUUGGUAAAGAUAGAUCCAUCGGGUCAAUCGAAGGGCUUGUUGUAAAUCUAGUAAAGGAUCAACAAAGGAAAAGGAGCUACACAGAUACUGCAAACUUCACUCUGCGUUGUGGUGUAUGCCAAAUUGGAGUUAUUGGACAAAAGGAAGCUGUGGAGCAUGCUCAAGCAACUGGUCAUGUUAACUUUCAAGAAUACAAAUAAGAGAGUGAUUGUUUUGAUUCUUUCAUACAAAUCCAAGAAAGGGAAAAAGUAUAUUACAAAAAAAUGAUGUGCUGUGCUUAAUUUGUUUUUUCUGUUGUCGACAAUUCAAAUCCAGUCUGUUGUACAAUUAUCUUACGUUGUCUUCUUUCUUUGUUUACAUCCUCUCUAAGAGGACAAUUGUUGUCUCACCGAUAGUGUCAUGAAAAUUUGAAAACGAAUAUUUCCACUAUA